AUGUCAGAAGGUCUCCUGGGUGAGGUAGUUAGGGAGAUACAUGAGGAACAUCAGGGAUGCAGCGAUCAGGCAAGGGAAGAUCUGUGCCUCCAUGAUAAUGAGAUCCUUUAUAUGGCCCUGCAGAAUGAAGCAAUAGCAUUGGUACCAUACCUGCUACAUAAGUAUUGGUUAAAGGCAUCAGAUUCUGAUAGGGAUAUACUGAAGCAUAUCACAGUAGGUCACCAGCAUUACUUCACUUUGAUCUUAGACAAACCUUCUCUAUUUAUGGAGCUCGUGUUUGGUAUUGAUAUAAAGGAGGUAGUCCCCAUUUUGCACACACAUGUGCUGGCCAUAACAGCAGGAAUCACUUACGAUGGUAUUCUGAGCAAUAUGCCUGGCAUGCCCAAGUCAGGCAUGCUGAUACUUGUGCUAUGCAUCAUCUUUAUAGAAGGUGACUAUGCCACAGAGAAGACCAUCUGGAAAGUGCUUAGUAAAAUGGAAGUGUACCCUGACAGGAAAUAUUUCAUUUAUGGAAAACCUAGGAAGCUGCUUAUGGAAGAUUUUGUAUGGGAGCAAUAUGUGGCAUAUAAACAGGUGCCUUGUAGUGAUCCCAUUGUCUAUAAGUUCAUGUGGGGCCCAAGGGCCUAUGAAGAAACCACAAAAAGGAAAGUCCUCAAACACUGGGCCAAGUUCAGAGAAGUUGACCCAAGGUGUUUUGCAUCACUCUAUAAAGAAGCUUUAUGA